CAUGGCGCACCUGUGUGUGGAAUAGCUUUCCAUCGUGCCACGGGUCCAGUAGAUCUUUCUCAUCUUUUCCUUACUUCGAGUUCUGACUGGACCGUGAAAUUGUGGAGCACAAAGGAUCCCAAGUUGCGGUUUUCUUUCGAGUCACAUAAUGACUACGUUUUCGAUGUCGCCUGGUCACCGGUGCAUCCCGCUGUUUUUACGUCAAUUGACGCCGAGGGGAACUUAUUCCUUUGGAAUCUCAAUGAGGACAUAGAAGGUCCAGUUGCACGAAUGAACAUUGCUCAAGAUGGAUUUGAAGAAAAUCGCAUGGGCCGAGAACGGAACAAAACCUAUGCGUUGGAGACGACCAGGGUAAUCUGCAGCUGUUUGAUGUUCACGAAAGUAUGCGUUCGAAACCUGUGGCUCACCUUCACCUUUCGUAAGACGAUUUCUAUAACGAACACUCUCACUGUAAUAAAUUUCACUCACCUUUUCAUUGAUAUUCUAUGUUAG